CCGCAGCUUGGUUUCAAAUCGAUGAAAAAUGUUGCGCGUCUUGCUGGCUAUUUCCACCUGCUCUGUAUCUUCUGCUUAUAAUGCGGCGAAGGAAGUGUCGGAAGGACCUUCGUCAUUCGUUUGCGUUGAUGGAUCCGAAAUUCUUCUUGCCCGAGUCUGCGACGGAAGACCCGAUUGCCAUGACAUUUCCGAUGAAACUCGGAAACUUUGUCGUCGAGUUGUAUGUCCAAUGUCUGCCUUCCGGUGUGCCUACGGAGCAUGUAUACCUCGGGGAUCUCGAUGUGACGGGAUUGAAAAUUGUGCGGACGGUAGCGACGAGACGCGCUGCGACGUAGCGGAAAUUUGCACCGAUCGUGAGUUUCAAUGCGUCGAUUUCCCCGAGUGCAUUCCACUAAAAGAUAUUUGCAACGGCUAUCCGGAUUGUCGGGAUGGUAGCGACGAGAACGCCACAACUUGUCUCGGCCAUCCGUGCCCGUCGCACACCUAUCACUGCUCUUACGGUGGAUGCGUUCACCAGGAAGUCAUAUGCGACGGUACCAAGGACUGCAUCGAUGCCACUGACGAAGACCCGGCUUCUUGCAGAGCGAUGAAUUGCCGCGGCUCCGAAUGCGAGCAAUAUAAGUGCAGCGACCAAGAAUUCACCUGCGAAAGUGGUGGGCAGUGCAUACCUAACGAUAAAGUGUGCGAUGGAAGUCACCAGUGCAGGGAUGGUUCGGAUGAAGAUUUCAAACGGUGCAGCACGCACACGUGCCCACCAGGGUUCUUCCAGUGUUCUUACGGUGGUUGCAUACCGGAGAGCAAGAAAUGUAACUUCGAGCAAAACUGUUACGAUUGGAGCGACGAAGACGAGAAAAUGUGCGGCGUCAGUUUGCCGGAAGGAGCCUGCCGUUUGCCACCCACCAAACCUGGAACCCACUACAGAGUUUCAGGCUGUCCCGAUUGUCACCCCGGCGAAGUUGUCGCGGAAUUAACGAAGCUCGAAUAUUUCUGCGACAUUGAAGGAUCCCUCGAAGGCUCCGACACGAUCUUCUGCGAAGAUAACGAAUGGACACCUUCGAUUCCAACGUGUCCCACGGAAGGUGGUUUGAGUAUAACUUGCCCACCUUUGGCUGCGCCUGGUGCAGUUAAAAGGUGCGAAGUGAAAUGGGGUCCCCAUGAAGGAUGGAUACCUUGCGAUCGUUACGUUCCUGUAGGCACUCACGCUUUCUUGGAAUGUCCAAUUUACUACGAACCGGAAGCCGGAGCAUCUCACGUUACAUGUUUGCAUGACGGGGCAUGGAGUCGAAAGCAUCUCAGCUGUAAACCGGAGUGCGGAAAUCGAGAUCUGUCGGUUUUGCCAUUGAUAGUUAAGGGAUGGGAGGCAUCUUUGAGCGAUCAUCUUCCGUGGCAUGCUGCAUUAUUUUCAUUUGAGAAUGGAAGGCCGAGUUUUUUCUGUGGUGGAACUCUGAUCGCUGAACGAUUGGUUCUCACGGCUGGGCAUUGCGUGUGGCAGAGUGAUGCUGAUCUCUUGAAAGUCGUCCUCGGUGCUUUCUCGAGCGACUUCGAUGCCCAAGGAGAAGAUGCGCAGGUCUUCGAUGUGGAAAAUAUCGAAUUGCAGUAUUCCUAUCAGGACCGCGAAGGAAACUACGGCUCAGAUCUUGCUAUAUUGUUACUGAAAAAAUCCGUGGUAAUUAAUUCAAGCGUCAGUCCAGUCUGCAUUGAUUGGACCGAUGCCAAUGACGUAGUACAAAGAGAUGGUGCUAUUGGACUGGUGAUCGGCAUGGGGAUAACCGAAAACGACACGUUCAGUUCGUCGCUGAGGAUAGCGUCCGUGGAGAUAGUUUCAGCCGACAAGUGUCGCGAAAAGCAAAAGAGGGAUUUCCGGAAGUACAUAACGUACACUUCGUUCUGUGCGGGAUGGGGAAACGGAACGGGGGUCUGCAACGGGGACAGUGGCGGCGGUUUGUUUCUUCCUAAACCAAAUUCUACGCGCUGGGAAAUACACGGCGUUGUUUCCAUCAGCCCAAGACGUUUAGGGACCAGCUUUUGCGACCCAAAUUAUUACACCAUAUUUACAAAGGUUUCGGCCUACGCAACGUGGAUUAAAAAAUUUAUUGACGAUACACCUGUAAUUGGUCCAUCCAAUUUAACAGACUUGCCAAAUCACGAUACGAUUGGAUAGUAUCCUUCUAUUUUCGGAAAAUCACUUUUGG